AUGUCGGGUUACGACCGCGCCAUCACCGUAUUCUCGCCCGAUGGUCAUCUCUUCCAAGUUGAAUACGCGUUAGAGGCUGUGAGGAAGGGAACCACAGCCGUUGGAGUCCGAGGGAAGGACACUGCCGUCCUCGCUGUUGAGAGGAAGGCCAUCCCUAAGCUUCAGGAUCCCAGGACGGUUCGUAAGAUCCUCAAAAUCGAUCAGCAUGUGAUGCUAGCCUUCGCUGGACUUAACGCGGACGCAAGGGUGUUGGCCAACAAGGCUCGUGUAGAGUGCCAAAGCUACCGUCUCAAUGUGGAGGACCAACCAACGGUGGAUUAUGUCGCUCGAUACAUCGCGGGUGUCCAGCAGCAGUACACCUAUAAGGGAGGUGCCCGUCCUUUCGGAAUCUCAACGCUGAUUAUCGGGCAAAACGAACUGAAGAAACCUCAAUUAUACCAAACGGACCCUUCUGGUUCGUUUAACUCGUGGAAGGCCGCUGCUAUCGGGAGGAACAGCAAGACUGUGAGCGAUUACCUCGAGAAAAAUUACAAGGAGGACAUGGCCGAGCAAGAGACGAUCGAAAUGGCGGUCAGAGCUUUGCUAGAGGUGGUGGACCCUAGUGGGAAGAAUGUUGAGGUUUGCCUCAUGAAGCCUGAUGGGACUCUCAUCAUGUUGGAAGACACUGUUGUAGAGGAGCUCUGCAAGUCACUCGACGAGGGUAUAGAGAAGGCCAGACAACAACAGCAGCGUGCCUGA